AUGGCUGGCGAAGGAAAGGACAAGACACCCACCUCUGGCGGCGCCAGCCUCUCCCAGCGAGACCUGGCUGUCGUUGCUGCCGCCUGGCAUUCUCUACAGGAAGACCCGAAGCUCGACUAUGAAAAGUUCAAGGUCCUCGCAGGCUACGGCUCGACCGAGUCCGCGCGCGUCAGCUGGCGCCUCAUCAAGAAGAAGCUCCUCGCCGCGGGCCCUGAUCCUGCCAUGCCCUCCGCCGCUGGGGCUCGCGCUGCUGGUGUCAGCAGCACGACGCCCAAGUCCACCGCCGGGGCCAAGAAGCAGCGCGGCGCCGGUGCCAGCGCCGUGGCGGUCAAGAAGAUGGAUCUUUCCCCUGCCAAGGCCGAAGGCGACGACGAGGACGACGAGCUGCUCGCCGCCGCCGCCGCCGCCGCGGACGCCCAGGAGACGCCUACCAAGAGCGUGACCAAGAAGAAGCGUGGUCGUCCUGCUGCUGCCUCUGUUGGUGCUGCUGCCGCCCCCGCCAGCGGCGACGCUGCGAGCCACCACGAGACACCCGCGCGCAAGAAGGGCCGGGUCACGACGAUCCAGAAGCACAUGGCGGACCACUACCAGGAGGGGGACGCUGUCAAGCGGGAAAGCAGCGAUGCGGCAGAUGAGGACGAUGAGCCCGUCAAGAAGUUCUUCAAGAUGGAGGAGUACACCGGCAAUGAUGAUGAGGCUUGA